AUGGAUACUGUUAAGUGGAAGUCACUGAGCCUCUUCCAUGUCGAAUAUCCGAUAGGUGAUAAGUUUGGAAAAUUGCUGGCGUACUCCAGCAUGGUGCCUAUAUUAAUAAUGAUUAGCCUCAUGACCUUAGUUGUGUCAAGGAGAGAUUUACAUACAAUAUUUUAUUUAUUUGGGUGCUUGCUGAAUGAAAUUAGCAACUGUAUUUUCAAAUCAUCGAUAAACCAGCCUAGGCCUUUCCCCUCAGUUCAUCCAAGCAUUGAAUCAUCAGGUAUGCCUUCAAAUCAUGCACAGUUUAUGGGAUUCUUCUGUGCUUACACUGUACUUUUUCUGUAUAUAAGGCUUAACCAGAAGUCAUUUAGCCGUCAUUUACGAGUGUUCAUUCUUUCACUGUGCAUAACACUAACUUCAGUUGUUUGCUGUAGCAGGGUUUAUUUGCUGUAUCACACCGUCAGUCAAGUUCUUGCCGGACUCACUAUUGGUGGAACUUUCGGAAUUGUUUGGUUCCUAGUUAUUCAAUACGCAAUAACACGACAUUUUCCCAGGAUUUGUGACAGCCGGAUUGGUCAGUUUCUGAUGUUGCAAGACUUUACAAACAUAAAUAAUAUAAUGAAGUUCGAAUAUACCGCUGUGCAGAAUCAUUUACGAACAAAAUCGGUGAGACCAAUGUGA